AUGAGGGUCUGGGAAGUUUCCUCUGGGGAGAUGCUCCUCUCUGUUCUCUUCGACGUUGGCAUCAUGUCAGUGACCUUUGACCCCUGCGAGUAUUUCCUAUUCUGCGGAGGCAGUGAUGGCAAUAUUUUUCAGGUGUCUCUCUGCAGCACGAGUUUAAGCCGGGAUAAAACCUUCCAGACGGACAGCGACGGCAAUCAGGUGUUCAAAGGACACAGAAAUCUGGUGACAUGUCUGUCUGUGUCUAUGGACGGGACCCUCAUGCUGUCCGGCUCCAACGAUGAGACUGUCAGGAUGUGGGACGUUCAGAGCAAGCAGUGCAUAUGGUCCAUCAACCACAAGGGCCCCGUGACCAAUGCUGUUAUCAUACCAGCACCUGCCAACAUGUUCCUUUCUGACAGCCAUCCAUCCGUCCCACUGCCUCGGUUCAGUCGCCACCUGAACCCCUCCGAACAGGGUGACGGCACGGGCCCCGGAGGCAUGUGUCUGAGACUGGGAGCCGACACACAGGGGCUGGAGGGGACAUAUUUGGAGAAAGCAGACGAGCUCUACUCUCUGAUGUGUGCUGUCACUGACAAGAGUGUGUUUGGUGAUGGGGAGAACACUAAAGUUCGAGUGUCUGAACUGGAGGAGGAGGUGAAGACCCUGAAGAAGAUCAAUAAAGAUCUGUAUGAGUUCUCCACUCAGCUCCUGACCAAACCCAACUAGAAGAGCUUCCAGCUGCAGAGGUCCUCCGUCAGAACAGUCGGAUCAGUACCAGAACAACGGGAGAGAAAAAUGCAUCAAUUCUGCCCAAUUUUUACGUCCUAAGUGCAGGAUUUUUUUCACAUCCUUAAGCACAAGGACCUGGAGGUAUAUUUGUAGUGUGUUUAUGUGGUGACAUUUACUUUCUGUAUUAUCGUAGGCAUAAACUUCAAUUAUUUGGUGUUUUUUUCUUAAAAAAAAUAUUUUGAACUGUACACUUCAUAAAAAAAAAAGUUGCCUAAAAAUCACAGGUGUGACAUUGUAAUCAUUUUUCAGCCUCUUUAUUUUUAUUCCAACCAGCACGUAAGAGACAGAUCUUUGAAAAGAUUAAAAAUACUAAUAAACUGGUGAUGUGUCUA